UGGCAGCUUUGCAUGAAGCUCAGAACCUUAUCAGGCCUGUUGACUGUUAAUCUGCCUCAGACUGAGGGAGGAAGAUGGAAGCCGUUCUGCUCCUCAUCGUCGCUGCUGCAGUGCUCAGUUCUGUUCCUGGACGGAAAUAUUAUUUAGUUUCCGAGCCGAAGGAUUGGACUGCAGCUCAGAGUUUCUGCAGAGAAAAGUUUUCAGACCUGGCAUCCAUCCAGAGCGCGGCGGACGUGGAGGCGCUGAACAAGCUGCUGGACUGGAACGAACUGGGAGAACUGGGAGAGCACUCUACUCCCUGGAUCGGUUUGUACGAUGACGUGAACAGCUGGCGCUGGUCCAUUUCCGACUCUGACUUCUACCAACAAGGUGAGGAAAAGUUCAGGAACUGGGCGUUUGGAGAGCCGAACAAUAACUAUGGAAGAGAGAACUGCGCUGAGAUGUAUGGAGACGGACGCUGGAAUGACGAAUUUUGUAAUCAAACUCAAAGUUCCAUCUGCCUGGAUGUCAAAGGGACAAACGUGACGUUUGUUCACGUCAACAUCAGCAUGACCUGGAUGGCGGCUCGGCGGUACUGCAGGGGGCGCCACACCGACCUGGCCAGCGUCAGGAACCUGACAGAGAACUGGCAGCUGCAGGUCCUGGUGCCGACCGGGCAAGGGGUCUGGAUCGGCCUGUCCAGAGAGUCCUGGAAGUGGUCGGAUGGAACCGGCUCGGCUUUUAGGUUCUGGAUGUCUGGAGAACCCAGUAAGACCAGGCAGAACUGCGCCGCGGCGAACAUGACAGAUUCUGGAAGAUGGCAAAACUUUCUCUGCACAGAAAAGAAACCAUCAGUUUGCUCUGCAGAUCCGUCUUUAAAGCAAGUGAAGCUGAAGGUGAUGAGAAGAUCCUCUGUGGAUCUGAACGACCCGGACCUGCUGGAAGACCUGCUGGCGAAGAUGAAGCAGAAGCUGAGGGAGCAGGGAGUGAGUGGAGACGUCAGACUGAGCUGGAGGAAGCAGAAAGAUGGAAAAAUCUUCCUGAAACGCGAAGAGAAAACCAGGAGGAAGAAGAAGGACGAGCUUUAGACAAUCUGCUGCAGAUGAAACGUCUUCAGAAGUCUCUUCUAAAGUUUAUACACCACAGGAAGCAGCUCUUUACAGAUAAAGAUGUGAAUGUGAAUGUUAUUAAUCUGUAUAAAUGUAGCAGGAUCUGUUCAUUAAAUCAGGUGAGAAUCAGGUUUUAUGUGAGUUUAGGAUGAUGAGCUUUGGACACAGUGAGAGAUCUGGGAUGAAAAUCCUCCUGAUGGAAACCAGUCUGAGUUUCACCAUCUGCUUCUGAAUCAUCCGUCAGUUUCAUUAAGACUCAAACUGACUGUAACCUGGCAGCUCUUUAGCCUUCAUUUACAAUUAUGAACCACAUUUAGUUUGGAACUCUCAUCUAUAAAUAUAUGAUAAAAUAUGAUUUCAGCCUUUUUUUUCUCACUAAAAUGUUGGUGAGAGAAUAAAAUGUUCCUGUUAAUUGCUGUAAAUAUUAAAAUUGUGAAAUGAGACACUGGUAAAGUUUAGUUGUCAGAAAUCUUGAUUUGUACUCGUAGAAAAAUGUUUUUUUGAACAUUGAAUGAUUUCCUGAAGAGAAAAUAAAAUAAAAA